AUGGCUGCCCAUGUUACAGAGACAAAGGGCGUCAGAGUCGCUGUGGAGGGCUGUGGCCAUGGCACGCUGGAUGCCAUCUACGCCAGCAUUGAUACCGCCUGCAAGGAGCGAGGCUGGGAUGGUGUCGACCUCCUCAUAAUUGGUGGCGACUUUCAGGCCAUGCGCAAUGCUGCAGACCUCUCCGUCAUGGCGUGUCCGGUGAAGUACCGAGAGUUGGGCGACUUCCCAAAGUACUAUUCUGGCGAGGCUCGUGCUCCGUAUCUGACCAUAUUCAUUGGCGGUAAUCACGAGGCCAGCGCUCAUCUGUGGGAGCUAUUCUACGGCGGCUGGGUGGCGCCCAACAUUUACUACAUGGGCGCCGCCAACGUCUUACGGCUUGGGCCGAUCCGCAUCGCCGGCAUGUCUGGGAUAUGGAAAGGUCACGACUACCAGAAACCUCACUUUGAGCGACUGCCGUUCAACGAUGACGAAGUCCGCUCAUUUUACCACGUGAGGGAGAUUGACGUCCGCAAGUUGUUGCAGAUUCGGACGCAGGUCGAUGUCGGUUUGAGCCACGACUGGCCCAGGGCCAUUGAGUCGCACGGGGAUUCUAGGUGGCUGUUUAACAAGAAGCCCUUCUUCAAGCAAGAAUCCAUCGACGGCACUUUGGGGAACAUGGCUGCGAAAUAUGUCAUGGAUCGGCUGAGGCCGCCGUUCUGGUUUUCUGCACACAUGCACACUGGCUUCCCGGCGCUCAAGAGAUACAACAAUGAGCUGCAACGAGAGGUCAAACAGCCUGAGCCAGAUAGUGAAGAAAUCCCGGAGGCACCAGUGGAAGCGGAGGCCAACCCAGAUGAGAUUGACCUUGACAUGGAUGACGACGACGGCAGCGAUGAGCCCAGUGUCAAAUCGACAACCGCUGAGAAUGAUGGGAAACCCCAAGAUGAGAAGAAACCGACCGAAGAAUCAAGUGAGACACAGAAGAGCGAAGUUCCGGAUGAUCUCAGGGCGCAGCUUCCCGCAUCUUUCGCAAAACCGACGCCAAAGCCAAGAACAACGCCUGGACAGCCUGUUCCUGACACCAUCCCCAACCAGGAGGUUCGCUUCAUGGCACUAGACAAGUGUCUUCCGGGGAGACGUUUCCUACAGCUGUGUGACGUUGAGCCGCAUGAUAAGCACAAUUCUCUGAGGGUUGAGUCUCACACCGAGCAGCCCAGAUAUCGCUUGCAAUACGACCCCGAGUGGCUUGCUAUCACUCGUGUUUUCCACAAAGACCUGCGCAUUGGCGAUCCAGCAGCACAAACACCAGCAGACCAAGGCGAGGAGUACUAUCUUCCUCUCAUCGAAGCAGAACGCAAAUGGGUCGAGGAGAACAUUGUGGCACAGGGCAAGCUCGAUGUCCCAGAGAACUUUGCGAUUACGGCACCUCCACAUCAACACGGCCAGCCCGAGAUCGUGCAGGAGCAACCCGAAGAAUACACCAACCCCCAGACAGUCGCAUUCUGUAGUUUCUGCUCGACACCUCGAACACCUUUGACGUUGCUAUAUUACCUCGACCGAGACCAAGAUGGCACAUCAGUUUCUCACGACCGUGUUCGUCUUUCUCCCCCUCUUCGCGCCCCGUCCAAGCUGCCCAAGAUGAUGUCUGCGUUCCGCUACCUGAGCCCCCAGUCGCUUGCGACGAUGGCCAGCAUCGAGAAUACCAUCAUCCCCGUCUACAAUGACCCUCCAUCUCCUCUUCCUCCCGUUCCAGACGCUCCGCCAACUCACCACGUACCAAAGGGCAUGGUUACUAACACGAGGUCUGUGUCCGACAGCAACCAGCGCACAAAGAACCAGUUCCGACCCAGGCUGGGCAAGGGCGGUGCCACGAGCUAUCAGCUCAGACAGUAUGCCGAAGUCACGCUGGGCGGUGGAAGCUUGAGGAAGGUGGUCAAGCUUCCCGAGGGCGAGGACGAGAACGAGUGGCUGGCGGUCAACAUGGUCGACUUCUACAACCAGAUCAAUCUGCUCUACGGCGCCAUUACAGAGUUCUGCUCCCCACAAUCGUGCCCAGAGAUGAAGGCGACGGACGAGUUUGAGUAUCUGUGGCAAGACAGCCAGGAUUACAAGAGGCCCACCAAGAUGCCUGCGCCAGCCUACAUUGAACAGCUCAUGAGCUGGGUGCAGGCCAACAUUGAUAACGAGCAGGUCCUUCCCAGCAAGAUCGGCGUCCCCUUCCCCAAGUCGUUCCCUACGCUUGUCCGUCAGAUCUUCAAGCGCAUGUAUCGCAUCUAUGCGCACAUUUACUGCCAUCACUACCCCGUCAUCCGUGAACUGGGACUCGAGCCGCAUUUGAACACGAGCUUCAAGCAGUACGUGCUAUUCAUCGACGAGCACAGCCUGGCAAGUGGGCGGGACUACUGGGGCCCUCUGGGUGAUUUGGUGGACAGCAUGCUCAAGAGCGAUUGA